AUGACGACUCCGCUUAAACUGCCUUCCAAUCUGCCUUUUCCUGUAACCAUUGCCAAACUUUAUGUCUCAACUGGAGAUUCUAUAAAAAAGGGCCAGAGACUUUUCGUCUACAAAUACUGGGAACUACAAGACGUGAUAACAGCUCCGAACGAAGAAGCAAGUAAAAAGAAGAGGCGUGUAGAUCUUAUCGGGACUUUUGAUUCACCUGUAGAAGGUACCAUUGUCACCCUAAACCUUGGGGUUGGAGAUGAGUUUGUGAAUGAUGCGGCUCUAGUUGCGGAAGUGAGGCGACCUUGCUCCCACGACGUCACAUAUGGAUCUCUGUGUGUUGUUUGUGGCCAGCCCGUAGAUGAAUAUGAGGAUCAAAAUUUGAAUGAUGGAGGGUUUUCCGAUAGCAAGCUCACAAUGGCCCACAAUAAUACCAAUAUCAAAGUCUCAGAGCGACAGGCGGCAUCCAUUGAGAAGUAUGCUCAGAAGCAGCUUCGAGAGCUAAAGAAGCUUGUUUUGGUGGUAGAUCUCGAUCAAACAGUCAUUCAUUGCGGGGUAGAUCCCACCAUUCAGGAGUGGUCUAAUGAUCGCUCAAACCCUAACUACGAUGCUCUGAAAAAUGUGAAAUCGUUCACACUUGACGAAGACCCCGUCCUGCCGCCUUUCUACAUGGGACCGAGGCCGCCACCUCGUAAAUGCCAGUACUAUGUAAAACUGCGGCCCGGUUUGAAAGAGUUUUUCGAAGCUAUUGCUCCACUUUUUCAGCUACAUAUCUACACUAUGGCCACGAGGGCAUAUGCGUUAGAGAUAGCCAAAAUAAUCGAUCCCACAGGAGAACUUUUUGGUGAACGAAUACUUUCUAGAGAUGAAAACGGUUCCCUGACACACAAGUCACUCGAGAGACUAUUUCCAAUGGAUCAAUCAAUGGUUGUUAUCAUUGAUGACAGGGGUGAUGUGUGGAGUUGGUGCGCUAAUUUGAUCAAAGUGGUACCAUAUGAUUUCUUUGUGGGUGUGGGUGACAUCAACUCCAAUUUUUUACCGCGACAACAAAAUUCCAUGUUACACAUGGGAGGUAGACAUCGGAAGAAGGCUGAGGAAGAAGAGCUUAUUACGGACAUCAUGGACACGGAAAGGAAGCUUCAAGAAAAGAUAGAACAAGAGGUGAAGAAACAAGAAGAAAAAUUCAAUAAGAUUACGGAAGAGAGCCAGCCGGAUCGACCAAUUUCCAAAGAGGAUUUGGCGAAGAAACUCGAACAUAAUGCAUCACUUGAGGUCCAGCAAAAAAACCGGCCACUCGCAGAGCUACAGAAACAUAUGCACAACCAAAAACUGUUGAUUGACGAUGAUGAUGAACUACCUCAUUUAUCCAAAAUUCUGAUCAAAGUCCAUGAAAAGUACUACGAGCAACUGUCUUCUGGUGUCAGUUCGCCUGACAUCAAAUUUUUAAUGCCAGAAAUGAAGACUGAAGUUUUGAAUGGAUGUCAUUUUGUGUUUUCUGGUUUAAUCCCGUUAGGCACCGACGUACGGCAGUCGGAUAUCGCUCUUUGGACUAAUAUGUUCGGGGCACGGACGUCUUCAGACAUCGAUGAGAACACUACACACGUUGUAACAAAAACGCCAGGCACUUUCAAAGCGCGGUUGGCAAAAUCAUAUAAGCCUGAAAUCAAAAUCGUCCACCCAGACUGGAUCUUUGAGUGUUUGGUAAAGUGGGAAAGGGUCAAAGAACAGCCUUACGAGCUGAUUACCGAUCAAGAAGUGACUAGCAACGAGCUCGAAGAUUUCAAACGCCAUCUUGAAAAAAGGCGACAAGUUGAAUAUUCAAGACGUGCAAAAGAGUCUGAAGCUGUGAAUGAGCAUGUCAAAUUGCUUGCGGGUAACGAUAUGUGGCUUGACAACGACGAUGACGAGAUGGAUGAGUUCUUAAAUGAGAAGGAUGAAGAGGAAGAAGACGACGAGGACGAGGACGAGGACGAACAUGACGAUGAGAAAGCGCAUAAUACUGGAGAUAUUAAUCAGCAUCAUCGCGGUCAAAAUGAUGAGUAUUCGAGGGAAGGGUCUGUUGAUAGGGUCACAGUGGGUGAAAAAAGAUCUCUUACACCUGACAAUAACUCAUCUGUUAAACGUCCCCGUCUAGAACCAAACAACGAUAUGCCCACAUCUUCUCACGACAGCGACUCAAAUGAAGAUGAAGAUCUAGAAGCUGAGCUAUUGUUGGAGUUGGGUGAUUAG